AUGAACCCAUCAUCUUCUUCAAAGUUCUCAAAAUUUCUAAGGCUUGGGGUUUAUUCGUUUGACAUCGGAUUCACGUGAUUUUCGCGGCGUUGGAACGAGGAGAAGAUUGUCUACUGAUCUAACCUAUCAAUUAAAGAUUCUUCGUUACACAUCGGAAUUGAGUGAUUUUCGCGGCGACGGAAAGAGGGGAGGAAGACCUACUGAUAUAAAGCUUCAAUUCAAGACGCAUCGACGCAGCACGUAAUCGUCGGAGUUAGCUUAACGGGGUUCGGCUAUCAUUUUAAUGUCGUGCUUAUUGGAUGGCGAAUUUUGAUAAAAUGACUCAGAAAUCGACUGCCGCUGGGACUUCAAGAGGAAAACAGGCACAGAGGAAACGAAAGGGUGUUCCUCAUGACUCUAGCAGAUUUCUGACAGCAGAAAACAGUGACUGGUUCGACUCAUCUGCGUCAAACACGAUGAUUCUUGAGAAAACGGUCCAUCGAGAGGUUGAUGCGGAGUUUCAGAUCAGAGACGCUUUUGCUAGCUUGGGUUGGGCUAAAAUACUUGACCUCAAUGGUGAGUAUUACCCAACUUUGGUGAGGGAAUUUUACGCUAAUAUCAAGUACAAGGAGCGAGCAAAGGUGGCUGUCAUUGAGAGCUUUGUGCGUGGUCGACAAAUCAACAUUUCGAUGGAUUUGUUGAAUGAAUUGUUGGAACUACCAGUUCAAGGCGACGGUUGUCCUGAAUUUCAUGCCUUUAGGAAGGAAAUUAUAAGUGACAAGGAAUGGAGUGUGGAUAUUGCCAAGCAUAAGUUCCACAUUGAUUGGGCAGCAGAGAGGGGAAUGAGAUGCUUUCUAGCUAAGAAUUUGGAGCUUCGUCCGCGGUUGUUAGCUUAUCUUUUUGCUUUCAACGUUUCACCUAAAGCUAGUGGGCUGAACGAGGUACGAGUGACUGAUUUAUAUUGGAUGGAUAGGAUGUUGUUUGGUUUUCCAGGUCGAGUUCAGGGGAUACCUCUUGCUACCAUUAUUAUGGAUCAUAUUUUUGAUGCUGCACGGUUCAAGGGAAAAGCGCUGGUUUUUCCAAUUUUGAUUAGCAGAAUUCUUCAGAGGGCUCGGGUAGGGAUUCCGACUGGCGAAACCAAGGUCACGGAGCGUCGUGACAUGAUUACUUUUGAGACCAUCGAACGCCUCAAUUUUCAGAAAAUUCAAGGCGUUUGGCGAAAUAUUCAGGCUCAUCCUGUUCAGGCAGACGAAGUUCCACCACCUCCAGUUGUCUAUCCACUAGCUCCUCCAGCAGUUCCAGUUGAUAUACCAGUGCCACCUCCUGCCAGAGCACGUGUUCCAUUGCGCACUUUACUUAGACGUCUGACUCGCAUCUGUCAGAAUGUUCAGAGGGACGUAGCAGAUGCUCGGGCAGUUGUUGAUCGGAUUGAGACUGACGUAGCAGAGACACGGGCAGCAGUUCGUCGGAUUGAGCAGGAUGUGCGAACCAACCGAGAAGCGAUGGACGAAUUUCGCAGAGGGUCUCGAUCUCGCAGAGGAGGCAGUGUUUGAGUUUGUUGUUUUAUGUUGUUUUCGUACUUAUUAGUUAUCUUAUGUUUCAGUUUGACUUAUUACUUAUUAGUUCUAUUAUGUUUUAGUUUGCUUUAGGACUUAUUAGUAUUUUAUGUUA